AUGACAGCUUCUACACCAUAUGAAAUUGAAAAACCCUUCAAAGUCAGUAUAAUAGGCUCCGGAAACUGGGGCACAGCAGUAGCCAAGCUAGUAGCUGAAAACUGUGCUGAGAAACCACAGAUUUUCCAACGUGAGGUCAACAUGUGGGUGUUCCAAGAAGAUAUAGAUGGCAGAAAACUCACAGAUGUGAUCAACACCGACCACGAAAACGUCAAGUACUUGCCCGGCAUCCAAUUACCAGACAAUUUAGUCGCCAACCCCGACGUGGUUAAUACCGUCAAGGAUGCAGAUUUGCUCAUCUUCAACAUUCCUCACCAGUUCCUACCCCAUGUAAAUAAGCAAUUGAAGGGUCACGUGAAGCCCACCGCGAGAGCAGUCUCGUGUCUCAAGGGCUUGGAAGUGGACGCCGAAGGGUGCAAGUUGCUAUCCACGUCCGUCACUGACGAUUUGGGCAUCUACUGCGGUGUCUUGUCCGGCGCCAACAUUGCCACCGAAGUGGCCAAGGGCAACUGGUCCGAGACCUCCAUCGGGUACACCGUGCCUCCCGACUUUAAAGGCCCCGGUAAGGACAUUGACGAGUACGUCUUGAAGCAAUUGUUCCACAGACCCUACUUCCACGUGAGAGUGAUCCAGGACGUCGUGGGUGCUUCCAUUGCGGGUGCAUUGAAGAAUGUCGUUGCCUGUGCCGUGGGUUUCGUUGUCGGCGCAGGCUGGGGCGACAAUGCCAAGGCUGCAAUCAUGAGAAUCGGAAUCAAGGAAAUCAUCCAUUUCGCCUCGUACUGGGAGAAAUUCGGUAUCAAAGGUUUGGCACCACCUAAUCCAGCUACCUUCACCGAAGAGUCGGCUGGUGUCGCUGAUUUGAUCACAACGUGUUCUGGAGGCAGAAACGUCAAGGUUGCCAAAUACAUGGUUGAACACCAGGUGGAUGCUUGGGAAGCUGAAAAAAUCGUGCUCAAUGGGCAAAGUUCCCAAGGUAUAAUCACCGCUAAAGAGGUUCACGAGUUGUUGACUCAUUUCAAAUUGACCGAGGAGUUCCCCUUGUUUGAAGCUACCUACAACAUUAUCUACGAAGGCGGCAAUGUUGAGGAAUUGCCUCACUUGUUGAACAAAGAAGACGAAGAGCGAUAA